AUGUGUAGUAAAGGUGAUUUUCCCUCUGUGUAUCUUAUGCUUCAAGCUUUUAAGAUCUUCUCUGAUUCAACUGGUCUGUUGGCUAAUAAACAAAAAUCUACUAUCUACUACUAUGGUAUGUCUGAAAGUGACAGUACUAGAGUAGUGAAUGUCUCUGGUUUCACUAGGAGCAAUCUUCCUUUUAAGUACUUAGGAGUGCCUAUUUGUGCUAAAAGAAUCUCUGCAACUCAGUGUGAUGUUUUGGUGGAUAGAAUGAUCUCUAGAAUCAAAGUCUGGAGUUCUAGGAAUUUUUCAUAUACAGCUAGAAUGCAACUCAUAAAUUCUGUCCUGCUUACCCUUCACAUUUCCUGUUGUGAUAAGAAAUAUGGUGGUCUUGGUUUCAGAGAUGUGUUCAAUUGGAAUACAGCUAGUAUGGGAAAGUGUGUUUGGGCCAUUGCCUCCCAGCAAGACAAUGUAUGGAUUAAAUGGGUAAAUGCAGUUUAUGUUAAAGAUGGGGACUGGAUUGGAAAAGGAUAUGCGCUACAAAAGAGAUGCUCAAACUGGUGUACACUCAGGCAGAAGAAGAUUAUUGGUGCAAAACCUCUGAUUCAUUGGGACAGUAUGGUGUGGAAUAGGAUGAACAUUCCCAAGCAUAUAUUCAUAUGUUGGUUGGCUGUGCAGGGUAGGCUCCAAACCACUGCAAAAUUGGCAAGAAUAGGUGUUUGUGCUUCAGCAACCUGUUUAUUAUGUGGUCAGUUUGAUGAGGAUCAUGCCCACUUAUUUUUUGACUGUCCUUAUAGUAAAAGGUGUAUCAUGGCUCUUAAUGACUGGUUGAGUAUCUCUUCUAUCUCUUGUAACCUUCACCAACUUCUGAGAGUGACAGGACAUAGUAGAUUGACGAAAUUCAGGAAGCAAGUGGUGUUGCAGUCUUAG